CAAGUACAGCCUAUCAACCUUUACACCUUAUUUUGAAUAGAAGACACCCUCUCUCUGACCAUGGAAAUGUCUCUCUAUCAUCUGUGGAAUGUUUGUAGAUGCAGACGUGGAGUUUAGCUGGACAGAAGAGGAAGUAGAAGACAUGUACAACAACACUGAGAUCAUCAUUGCUGCUGAUGUUAUCUAUGACGAUGAGCUGACAGACGGUCUGUUCCGGACCCUGUACCGGCUCUGCAGCAGCUUCUCUCACAGCUGCUCCGUCUUCAUCUCCAUAGAGAAAAGGAUGAACUUCACUCUGAGACACAUGGACGUGUCCUGUGAUGCCUACAACCACUUCAGCCGCUGCCUGUCCCAGCUGGUGGCCCUGCAGGACGGACACUGCAGCUUCACAGUGCAGCAGCUCCCUACCCACUUUUCACAGUUCCUCCUGUAUGACCGCAUAGAGCAGCUGGAGCUGUGGAAGGUGACCUCAACCCCAACACCAUCUGAGCGGACCCCUCCCCCUGAGUCUGCCUGUAGCAGUUUGAACGCUGAGCCCCCCACCCCACAUGUUCCCAUUCAUAGAUCCUGUUAGGAGUUCAGUUUGCUAAAUAAGUAGAAUGAAACAAUUUACUACAUUCAAGACGGAAACCACAAAUAAAUAUUGUUUAUAAGGGACUUUUUUUCAGGAAUUUAGAAUAAUUUAUUUUUUAACUAGAUUUAUGCAUUCUUGAACAUAAAGAUAUUUAUAGAAAAUGGAAGUUCUCCAGGUUUGUAAUGAGAACGUUUGAUGUUUGAACGGUAACCUUUGUAUAAUGUUGAAUAAAGUGUUGCAGAACACAUACCCUACAAGUUGGUCAUUAAGUUGGCAUUUGGAAGAAACUCAAUUGCAUAUUUUUUAAGUCUUUUUGUCUUCUUUGACUUCAAAUGCAGAUUUGUGAGUUUAAUGCUUGACAAAAGCUGUAAUUACAAGAUAAUAAGAAUAAUAGCAAACUGUGUGCGUGUGCAGGAAACUCAUCAAUGUUACAGCUCGUAUGACACAGAAACAUAUUAGUGAAGUAUAUCUGUUGGAUAUGGAGACUCUUCUGGAUCCCGUGCUGGCGGUGUGUGUUGCUCAGGACGAAAGAUCUGUGAGCAUGCCAUCAGGUGUGUGUUCAGCCACAUGUCCUCUGAUCCAGCUACAGGUCACUGAUCCUUUAGUUUUCAGGAGAGCCACUUUUUCAUACAAAUGUUGUUGUUUAUAUCUUACAAAACAGAUAUGAAAAUAUUGUCUUUAACCUUAUAGUCAAUGUCUGUUGCAUACAUUUUUGCUGUAAUACUUUGUGUGCAAACUACAUGACGUGCUCUAUCUUUACUGUAUUAGAACCCUUUCUUUACUGUAUUAGAACCCUUUGUCACCUAAAGAAGCUCCAGAGUACCAUGCUGCAUGAACUCCUUCACCAGCAGCACUGGUCAUUAAUAUUCACUGAGCAUAUCUGUGGCUCUGAUAUGUAUUCUUUACUUACAAAAUAUGUAUUUAUGAAUACUAAACGAGAGCAUGUCAUACAUUAAAGGUAGGGUAUGUAAGUUUGAGAAACCGGCUCGAGAUACACUUUUUGUUAUAUUCCAUGGAA